UCAACCGAGAGCGCCUCGAAACUUUUCCUCUCCCCGACGAAUUAGAACCCUCUCUCUAUUCGCUCUUCUUCUUCUUCGUCUCUAUUCGCUCUUCUUCUCUAUCUCUAGGGCAUUUCGUCGUCAACCUCUUCUCCGUUCCCCUCUCGAUCUCGCUCCCUCCAUCGCCAUGCCCACCUCCGCCGAUAAGGCGGCGGCGGCGGCGCCGGGGAGGGGCGGCGCGAAGCGACGGAGGGGACGGCCCCCGGGGUCGCGCGCGCGGAAGAGGCAGAAGCGGCUCGACGCGAUCCGCGACAACCCCGCCCUCCGCCCCGCUUCUCCGCAGCCCCCGCAGCGCGGGGACGACGACGAGGACGACGAAGAACCCGGCGCCCUCCGCCGCAGCUGCCGCGUGCGCCGAGCUCCCGUCGUGCUCGAUUCGUCGCCGGUGCCCUCGCACCGGAGGAGGAAGCCCCAGCGCGGGGAGUCCCCUAAUCGAAUUGGUACCGGUGGGAGUAGGAAGAGGAAGAGGAGGAAGAAGAAGAAGAAGACGACGACGCUGAGCUCUGGUAACGGGGAGGAUGCUGCUGCUUCCGCUGUUCGGGGAAUUGAGGCUUCUGUGGUGGAGAACGAGGAAUGGCGAUCGAGGUUGCGGUCUAGGGCUAAGUUAAAGGGGAGAAAGUGGGUUAGAGAACGGCGUUUCAGGCAACCUAAAGGGGUUUUGAGCAAAGGAAAGGAGACAGGACACAGGAGGAAGGGAAAGAAGGUGGUUUCGACUGUCGAGGUAUCUGAGGAUGGUGAAGAAGCCGCCGAUAGUGAAGAAGCUGCCGAAGAAACCGAUAAUUUAACUUGGAACGAUCAUGAAGAUGGUGGGGAGAAAGCCUCGGAGGUUGAAGUGAGCAGGGAUGAGUGCAGUUUGCAAGUUGGGAGCGAAUCGGACGGAGAGGUGAAUAGAGAGGAAUCCAAUUUGCAAGUUGGAAGCGAAGCAAACAGAGAACCGGAAACAGCUGAACCAGCUUGUGAGGCGAAGGAUGAGGAUGUUAUCGAGAAUUCAGCUGAAAAAGAGGAACUUGAUCAGCCGCUUGCUGAAGAUACUUCGAUUCCUGCUCAGGAAUUAGAAAAUGCUGGCUCUGGAGAACAUGCGGUGGCUCAAUCUGGCGAAAACCUUGAUAGCAGGGCUCUAGAGAGCGAGGACGCUUUAAAGGAAGGUAGUGCGAGAUCACCUGUUUCCGAUGGUAAGCUUGCACAGAUGGAUGUGAAAGAAGGGCGGAGGUGCGGGUUGUGCGGGGGAGGGACUGAUGGGAGACCGCCGAAGAUACUGGUUCAGGAGGCUGCUGAGAGUGAUCAUGAGGCAUAUGAAGGAUCAUUAGCUUCUGAGGAGCCCAACUAUGAUGUAUGGGACGGAUUUGGAGAUGACCCUGGAUGGCUUGGUAGGAUUUUGGGUCCUAUACAUGACCGUUUUGGCAUCGCUCGGGUUUGGGUCCAUCAGAAUUGUGCUGUUUGGAGUCCAGAGGUUUACUUUGCUGGUUUGGGAUGCCUAAAAAAUGUUAGAGCUGCACUUUGCAGGGGAAGAGCAUUAAAAUGUAGCCGCUGUGGUAGACCUGGAGCAACUAUUGGUUGUCGUGUGGAUCGUUGCCCCAAAACCUACCAUUUGCCUUGUAGCCGAGCAGAGGGUUGUGUUUUUGAUCAUCGCAAGUUUCUUAUUGCUUGCAGUGAUCAUCAGCAUCACUUCCAACCGCAAGGUGAUUUGUAUGCUCAACUUAUCAGGAAGAGGAAAGCUAAGAAGUUGAAGCUGGAUAUGAGAAAGCUCUCGCAUGAGGCAUCAAGAAAGGAUUUGGAGGCAGAAGAGAAGUGGUUAGAGAACUGUGGAGAGGACGAAGAGUUCUUAAAACGGGAAGGCAGGAGGCUCCACCGAGAUCUCUUGAGAAUCGCACCUGUCUAUAUUGGAGGUUCUUCUGAAAGCGAAAAACCAUACCAGGGCUGGGAAUCUGUUGCUGGACUUCAAAAUGUCAUUCAAUGCAUGAAAGAGGUGGUUAUUUUACCUCUUCUUUAUCCCGACUUAUUUUGUUCUUUGGGCCUUACACCUCCAAGAGGCGUUCUGUUGCAUGGGUAUCCUGGCACUGGGAAGACACUAGUUGUGCGGGCCCUAAUUGGAGCGUGCUCUCGUGGGGAUAAAAAAAUAGCAUAUUUUGCUCGAAAAGGUGCUGAUUGUUUAGGAAAAUAUGUUGGUGAUGCCGAGCGACAGCUGAGACUUCUUUUCCAAGUGGCCGAGAGAUCUCAACCGUCGAUCAUUUUUUUUGACGAGAUAGACGGUUUAGCUCCAUGUCGAUCUAGGCAACAAGACCAAACACACAAUUCUGUUGUCUCGACUUUACUUUCCUUACUUGAUGGUUUGAAAUCACGAGGCUCAGUUAUAGUUAUUGGAGCUACAAAUCGUCCUGACGCUGUUGAUCCUGCUCUUAGGCGGCCGGGGAGAUUUGAUCGUGAGAUAUAUUUUCCUCUGCCUGCUUUGAGUGAUAGAUCUGCUAUUCUUUCACUGCACACUAAAAGUUGGCCAAAUCCUUUGUCGGGUUCUCUUUUGUCAUUUAUAGCGAAUCAAACUGCUGGUUAUGCUGGUGCGGAUCUCCAAGCGAUUUGCACUCAAGCAGCGAUGAAUGCUUUGAAGAGAAAUUGUGCAUUGCAGGAGCUUUUAUCUUCUGCUGAAAAAGGCAGUGGUGAAAAGGGUACACUUCCUUCUCUUCCAUCGUUCGCUGUAGAGGAAAGGGAUUGGUUGGCAGCUCUCAUGGCAGCUCCUCCACCAUGUUCUCGAAGAGAAGCAGGAAUGGCUGCGAGUGAUGUAGUCUCUUGGCCUCUUGGUUCUCAUCUCCUUCCAUGCCUUCUAGAGCCAUUGGUGUACCUUUUCCUCUCAAUUAAUAUGGACGAAAGGAUCUGGUUGCCAUCUUCCCUUCUCAAGGCAUCAACUUCAGUUAAGGGCAUCAUCUUCUCAGCUUUGGUACAGAGAAGUGUCCCUGUUGCACUUUGGUAUUCUCAUCUUCAUUCUUUAAUUCAACAAUCUGAUGUUGCAAAUGAGAUAGAAAGAAUUCUUUCUCUAUAUGGUCUGGUAACUAGUCAAUCAGGACCUGAUUGUACAUACAUGCAGAAUGAGGAUGAUGAUGGCAACCAGGAAAAUUUUGAUACCUUCAGAUCGAAACCUUCUGGUUCUUGUAUGCAAGGCAAACAAUUCAAGAAGUCAUCAGGGUUUCGAGCUUUGAUUGCUGGAACACCCAGAUCAGGCCAUCAGCAUCUAGCUUGUUGCCUUCUUCAUGGCUUUAUGGGCCAGGUUGAAAUUCAGAAGGUUAAUCUUGCUACUAUGUCACAGGAAGGAAAUGGGGAUAUUAUCCGUGGAUUAACACAAAUUCUGCUGAAGUGCCUAACUGUUGGAAGAUGUAUCAUCUACAUGCCAAGAAUAGAUUUAUGGGCUAUUGAUGAAAUCCAUGAAAUGGAGGCUAAGCAUACUGAGAUUCAUCCAGAGACCGGCAAGUCAUCCUCAGUUAGUGGAGACAAUGAUCGAAGAAAAUAUUCUUCGGAAGCUUGGAAUUCUUUUGUCGAGCAGAUCGAUUCUUCAUGUGCAUCUGAAUCUAUAAUUGUACUGGCCACCUGUGAAUUGCAAUUUCAUGACCUUCCUAUUGGAAUAAGGCAGUUCUUCAGCACUAAUGUGUUAAAUCGAUCCAACUCUCGUCCUCCAGAACAUACAAUACCAAGGUUUUCUGUUGUUAUAGAUGGAAAUUUCAACCAUGAGCAGGUGAUCGGUUCAUGUGCUCUGAAACUAGCGAAGGAUCUAGUUCAGCAUUAUGUUCACUUGGUACAUUGCAUAACUCAUGAGAGCACUUAUGAUAAGCAGAAAGCAGUUUCACAUAAUAUGGAAAUCACAGUAAAUGAAAAGGAAAACAUGGAGAAUAGACAAUCUACUCCAGCAAUAGACACACCAGUAAAUAUUGAGCAUGGCCAUAAAGAGUCAGUUCCAGGGAAUCUUCACAAUAAAGUUAUGAAGGGAAACUUAACAUUGGCAAUUGCUACAUUUGGCUAUCAGAUUUUGAGAUAUCCACAUUUUUCUGAGCUUUGCUGGGUCACCUCAAAACUAAAGGAAGGCCCAUUCACAGAUAUAAAUGGGCCUUGGAAGGGUUGGCCAUUUAAUUCCUGUAUAAUACAUACAAGUAACUCACCUGAGAAGGUACUGACGGAAGUAAAUGACAACCUCAAAUGCAAGGAAAAAUCUGGUACAGUGAGAGGUUUAGUGGCUGUGGGGCUAUUGGCUUAUAGGGGUGUCUAUACAUCAGUUGCAGAAGUGUCUUUUGAAGUAAGAAAGGUCUUGGAACUCUUGGUUGGACAAAUUCGUGCUAAAAUUUUGGACAAGAAAGACAUAUACCGUUACUUCCAUAUUCUUUCUCAAGUAGCUUAUCUUGAGGAUAUUGUAAACAACUGGGCUUAUACAUUCCGGAGUUUCCAAGCUGAUAACCAGACAACAGCAUCAAAUGCUAAGCAAGAGGUUAGUGAUCAAUGGGGCAGCCAUAUCACUGAUAAAAUUCCAAGCAUGCAUGAUACUCCUAAUGUAAUCCCUAGUGAGGUACAAGAGGUCUCGAACCAACAAAGUCCUCACAAAUUUACAACAACUAACGGGAGCUAUCCCUCUUCUGACCAUGCUUUACCUACUAUUGAUGCAAGCGCCGUACAAUUCGAGGGGCCUUUUCAGCAGGUUACUUGUAACUUGCUUCCAAAUUCCGUCUCGUCUCCUGCCACAAUGAGUAACGGAGAUAAUAGUCCAAGAACUCAAAGGAGGACAGAGAUUACGGAAAAUUCCAAUUGUUUGCAAACUGUGGAAACUCAUCUUCUUCACACAGAUGAAGUAGGCAAUUUAGGCAAUGCAGCUAUCCAGGCUAACUCUUGCUCUACUGAAGCCUGUGACCAGUGUAAUGGUUUGGAUAAUGAUCUUUCUCCAAAGAACGUUGAAUUUGGUCCUGAUGAAUUAGGUAAUGUUGCUGACCAAUCGCACGGUAACAGAGAACAUGUUGUGGUUUUCUCUAGGGAGUCAUGUCUCUACAACUGUUGCUGCGAAUGCCUGCAUGGUCUCUAUAUGUUGGUUCGUGAUAUCCUAUCGAAUUCCUUGAGGACGAAUGGUCAAUACUCAACAAUUGACGAUGUCCAUGGCAUUCUCAUGUCAUGUUCCUUGAAUCUUUUAACGGCAAUUAGAAAAUGUUAUGCCUCUCAAGGUAGCUUUGAUUAUCAAGAAUCUUUUGAAAGAAAGCGAAAGCAUCAAAUUUCAGAAUGUUGUUCUUGUCACAAGAUCUCUGAUAGGCAGCCUGAGAAAGUAACAUCUCAGACUAGAACUUCAAACAUUAUGAAGGUCCUGCCAAGAGAAUGCACCUGCCCUCACAAAACCAACUUAGGCACUGGAACAAUAAUUAAAGAGAAAAAUCCUCUAGUAGAACUAGUAUUAAGUUUUCACGUCAGAGAUGGGGUAUUAGUGCCUUCAAACCUUCAUAAGGAUGAUGAAGUUCAUUGCAGGUUCGAAAGACUUUGUGUUUGUUCGAUAUUAGAGAUGAUAUUUAUGGUCACCCGGCCGUUGAGUUGAUACCAUGCGGUCAGUCUUUUGUGGAGAAUGUGAUGGUAUUAUCUGUUGCCGCAAAGUUGUCCUCUGAGGUUGUCUUCUCGGAUUUUGAGCUUCUCUCCAUUUUGCUAGCAACUGGCGCACAGAAGACUAAUCAAGUUCUUGUGCCCUUCGAGCGGCGCGCUAAUCUGUAAGUAUUGAGACAUAGCUAUUGACAUAUCCAUUUUUGUGAAAUCGUUGUACACCAUAGUUGUCAUCAUUUCCUGUAGCUUGAAUUUUUGGUCAAUUAACCAAAGUAUGUGAAGAUUGGAUAGUCUUGACAAGUACAUAUUUCUACUUUUAGCGAAAGCAGAAUUCACACUCAUGUUUGUGAAACACUCUAUCAAAGAUGAUUGCCAUUGAAAGGAUUCCGAAAUUUGCUA